ACCUACUACUACUACUAAUAAUACUAUCCAGCUCUGUUGCUCUUGAUAGUGACAGCUCCAUUGCAUCGCCGUCCCCUUAGCAAGGCUUUUCCCCUUAGUGAUGAAAGAUGCCCAUUAAAGACUACUUUCUGGAUCUGGUUGGCCUGGGCGCCACUGCUGGCAUCAGCUAUGCCCUGGUGUGUUUCCUUCGUGCCAGCAAGGAAACGCUGGAGAAUUUAAAGGAUGAAAGAUGAUCGCACCAUUGACUCUACAUUGAAAACAGUUCCUUUCAUGAUUAUUAAAAAUGGUAUUGGAGUUCAGAUUGGAGAUCCCAACAAACUGGAUAAAGUUGAUUUGUCAAUUGUGACUGAUAAAUUUGAUGCUGCCAGCAAUUCUCUCACAGACCAUCUUUGGGGUUGGAUGAAAGGGGUUCGGUCCACUGGCACGCAGCAAACUGAGGAGAUGUUAGUUGAAGGGACAAGUUUGAUGGGUAUUGGUAACCUGGUCUUAAGGCAAAAAGCCUUGUAUCUUGAUCCUUCAAAUAGUAUUCCAUAUGUCCUGACAAAGCAAGACAAGUUGACUGUCAUUGGUGAGAUAGAGGCACCCAUUCCAGUUGUACGUGUUUUAGCAUUUAUAUCUGCAUGUGGAACGGCAUAUUAUUGCUACAGGGUGUUAAUACGUUGGUACAGACAGUGGCGUAAAGAUGCAAAAAGACGAGCAGAAGAGAGAAUUCUUGAAGAAGCAAGAUUACAAAGAGAAGCCCAAAAUCAUGACUUACCUGAAAGUCUCAUGUGUGUUAUAUGUUGUGAUCUUAGGGAUGUGAUCCUUAUGCCAUGUAAACAUGUUUGUGUAUGUAGUGAGUGUGCACUGAAGCUGUCACCUAGAGUUUGUCCUGUUUGUCGAACAGACAUAGAGACAAUCCAGCCAGUGUUCUUUUCAUAGUAUUGAUGUACUACAAUAUUUUAAUUUCAGCUAUGCACUCGGUAGUUCUAUAUAUAAUGUGAAUAUUUUGGUAUUAGUAUAUUUAUUUACAAUAUAUGUUUUGUUUUUAUGAAACCUUGUGUAGAUAUUUAUAUAUAUUUUUAUAAUAAAGGUAAGCAGUGUAUAUAGAGCAUACUUUAUAUUUUUAGGAGUAUUGUACCUUAAAAACAUAUUCUUACUUUAUUUCACAAUUAUAUUAGUGUUUUUGCAGGAGUUGUCUGUCUUCUGUUUAAAAAACACACAGUAGGUCCACCUGUAAGUGUGAUGCUAGUUCAUGAAUGUAAAAACGUAAGCUAUUAAUUAAGGUGGCUUAUUGCAAAGAAGGCUCAAGUUCAUAUGAUGAUUUGUCAUACAGCAAGUUUAAAACCAGUUCUCAAUGUUGAAAUGGGCAAGUUCCAAAAACCAGGUGAUUUCCUGGUAAUGUAUGAACUAUUGAUUGUGUGGCCCAACAUAAGGAAUAAACCUAAUAAGCACACA